CUUGCCGAGGUGAUCUGGUCUCCUCGGGGAGGGUCGUUUCUUUCCCCGCGGGUCCCAGACGGGGAUUCUGGGAGGUGGGAGACAGUUCUAGCUGUGUGGCCCUUGUCCUGUGCGAGCGCGGGCGCGCCUCGAACUCCCGGGCUUGGCCAGGCUGGGCGCGGGGCUGCGCUCCUCCCGCGUCCCUGGACCGUGGAGGUUCGCCGGCACUGGCGGCGGGAGAAACUUAACCGGGACGGGAAGUCCUUCCUACGUCCGACAGGGUCUCUCGAUGCGGAGCCGAAUAACUUUGUGUUUUUGCGUUCAGCCUGUCUCUUGCGGUUCGUGGCGCGCGGGGAGGUUUCGGCGUACUUGCGGAGGGCGUACCUGCGGAGGGCGUACCUGUGCGUGAGGAGAGGGCAAGAUCCAGCCUGAGUGACCCGCGUGCCAGCCUCUCCGCGUAAGGGUGGCCCCUGGGUGGGGUGAAGCUCCACCGUCUUUCCUCUGGUCCCUGACCUCAGCGUGGGCCACCAGCUACAAGAUGAACUGUCGCUCGGAGGUGCUGGAGGUGUCGGUUGAGGGGCGGCAGGUGGAGGAGGCCAUGCUGGCCGUGCUGCAUACAGUGCUUCUGCAUCGCAGCACCGGCAAGUUCCACUACAAGAAGGAGGGCACCUACUCCAUCGGCACAGUGGGCACCCAGGACGUGGACUGCGACUUCAUCGACUUCACCUACGUGCGCGUCUCCUCCGAGGAGCUGGACCGCGCUCUGCGCAAGGUCGUCGGGGAAUUCAGGGAUGCUCUGCGCAACUCCGGGGGCGAUGGGCUAGGGCAGAUGUCCCUGGAGUUCUACCAGAAGAAGAAGUCUCGCUGGCCUUUCUCCGAUGAGUGCAUCCCCUGGGAGGUAUGGACGGUCAAGGUGCACGUGGUGGCCCUGGCCACGGAGCAGGAGCGGCAGAUAUGCCGGGAGAAGGUGGGGGAGAAGCUCUGCGAGAAGAUCAUCAACAUUGUGGAGGUGAUGAACCGGCACGAGUACCUGCCCAAGAUGCCCACGCAGUCAGAGGUGGACAACGUGUUCGACACGGGCUUGCGGGACGUGCAGCCCUACCUCUAUAAGAUUUCCUUCCAGAUUACCGACGCCCUGGGCUCCUCCGUCACCACCACCAUGCGCAGGCUCAUCAAAGACACCCUGGCCCUCUAGGUCUCUCCAGGCCUCGGUGCUCCUUGAUGGCUUAUGGACCUUGGCUUCUGGGGAUCGUACUGUUAGGCCCUUGGGGCUCUGGAACCCGCUCUGGGUCCUUGAUAAGACUGGGAAGGGCCGCCCUGGCUUCCUCGUGCUGUGGAUGCCAGUCUCUGGUCGUCCUUGUCACCUUCACUGACGGUCAAGUCUGGCCUGCACUGUCUCUCCAUACUCCUGGUUUCGGGGGGGUUUCCCCUUUCCUACACUGUACAGAGGAGCCAUCACUAGGAUGGUGAAUAAAGCUGAGAGUGUGA